AUGUCCGACUUGAUUAUUGAAAACGUACCACUGACUAAGGAAUGGCUCGCUGAUGUCGUCGAGAAGAAAAUUGGAGUGAAACCGACUAUUGGAACGAGUGGAAUUCUGGAUAACUCCGAGUUGGGGUACAUGUCAAUGAUUCGUAAAGUGGAGCUUCAUUUCAAUGCAGAACAAGAAGAGAAUCAUCCAAAUUUGCCAAAGCACGUUGUGUUGAAAAUCGCCUGCAGUGCUAAGGGGAGUGGAGUCAUAGAGAACGCUGGCGGUGAAGUUUCCAAUUCCGAAGAUGCUGCCGCGGUAGAACAGUUCAUGCACAACACUGAAUGUGACUACUACCAAGUUUUUGCAAAAUUAACUGACAAGCCUCUGAAAGUCCCAACGAUCUAUGCUGCUGUCAAAGCUGGAGAGAAGGAGGCUCCAGUUCCAGUCAUUGUCAUGGAGAUGUUUGAAGACUGCAAAGUGUAUGAUCUCAUCACUGGAUUCAAUGAGGAGCAGAUGAUUGCUAUGGCUGAUAUGUUUAGUGUGAUGGUUAAGGGUAUUGCUGACAACUUGGCUAAGCAACCAGGGCUUGAAGUGAUCUCUACAUUCGUUCGUAACACGUUUGAAAAGGAUCCAAAGUUCUUGCAGACGAUUGGAGAUGAGUACCUUGAAGAGAAACGCACAUCAGUCAUGACACAUGGAGAUCUCUGGGCUCCACAAAUCCUAUGGGACAAGGAGGACAACAUCGCUGGGAUCAUAGACUGGCAAAUCACUCAUCGUGGUAGCCCAAUGGAAGAUUUGCAUCACGUUCUCUCCACUUGCACUUCUGUUGAGAACCGUCAAAAGCUGACGAAGCCACUUUUGGACUACUACUUCGACAAAUUGAGCACUGCGUUAGAUGCCAGAGGAGUGAAGAUGCCAUGGACAAGAGAAGAGAUCGAUGAGGAGUACAAACACUGCUACAUUCCUGGAGCUGCCUUGACAAUCUUUGCUAACGGCUUCUGGGCCAACUCCCCAGUUCUUCAAACUGACGGAAAGCCUGAUAUCGCAAGAAUCGGCGAGUCAUUCGCCAGGUGCAAGUCUUACAUCGAGGAGGUCGUUAAGGAGCACAAUAUGUCGUAA